AUGGUGGCGCCAUGGGCGAAGUUGCUGGUCCUCCUCACCCUGGUACAAUCAGCUUUCGGCCAGGCGUCGGUCCUCGCUGGUAUACCGAGCUGUGCGCUGUCCUGCCUCUUGGAAACACUCACCAGCCCGGCGUCGCCAUGUCCCAUCACAAAUCAGACUUGCAUAUGCCAGAGCGCCACCCUCCAGGCGAAUGUCUCCUCAUGUGUGCUGGGAAGUUGCACCGUGAAAGAGGCACUGACGACGCUCAACAUCAGCUCGACGAUGUGCAAUGCUCCCGUCCAUGAUGACCGCCUCAUGCUCGAUGGCAUCUCAUAUGCGCUGCUUGCGUUAUCAUGUGUGGUCGUCGGCAUACGCUUCUAUGUCAGGACUUUCAUGGGCGAAACUGGCAGCAUUGGCACCGAUGACUGGAUAAUCCUAGCGACGCUUAUUCUCGGGAUCCCUUCCACGCUGCUUGCCACCCUGGGAGCAGGCGGGUAUGGGCUCGGCCGGGACAUAUGGACUCUGUCAUUCGACGACAUCACGUCGUUCGCCAGGUGCUUUUACGUGCUGCAGGUUCUAUAUGUCAUUGGCCUGCCGAUGGUCAAGCUAUCACUGCUGUUCUUCUACCUCCGAGUAUUUCCAGCGCGUCCUAUCCGCAGAGUAUUGUGGGGAACGAUCGUCCUGAUCCUGUUGUACUCUGUCACCUUCCUGUUCAUCUCGAUAUUCGAAUGCACCCCCAUAUCAUUUUUCUGGGAGUCAUGGGACGGUGAGCACGAGGGCAAGUGUCUCGACCUGCACGGCAUUUCAUGGACACAGGCCGCAGUCAGCAUCGGCCUCGAUCUGUGGAUGUUGGCGAUUCCCCUUUCCCAACUCCCCGGCCUGAAGCUACAUUGGAAAAAGAAGGUCAGCGUGGGGUUGAUGUUCUUCGUGGGCACAUUUGUGACUGUGGUCAGCAUACUGCGUCUUCAGUCACUCAUGAAAUACGCCAAUUCCACCAACGUGACGUGGGAUAACACGUCAGUUGCGAUUUGGUCGACCAUUGAGCUGAACGUGGGGAUGAUAUGUACCAGUCUCCCAACUCUUCGACUCCUUGCGGUCAAGGUCUGGCCUGUCCUAAAUGGAUCAACGAUUCGCAGCAGAUUCGGCUACAGCGGGAGUCGAUACGGGCGAAGCCGAUACCCGAAGCGAUCCACCGACAUCAGCAGCAGCCGGGAAGGUCCCAUGAGGAUGAACAGCCUGAAGAUCCCAGACGUGAAAAUCGACACCUUCCAAAUACCGCCGGGCAGGGUAUCGGAUAUCGGGCCGCGGCCUUCCGCUCCAAAACCCGCCCAUUACGGUCUCUCGAGGAGCAACUCGGAGGUGCACUCGGUGCACACUUUGACGAGCAGACACAAAAUGCACAAAUAUUCCACGAGCGUACCGAUCCGCAGUGCAAGCUUGGCGAGGCGAGACUUCCUUGACGAGAUUUCGGAGGCAACACAAGCAAGCCAUGGGAUGAGUCACAGGCACAACGACACGUUAAUGGUGGAAGACAACGUCACCGUCAAAUCUGGGAGGACCGGGAACAGCACGAUAGGCAGGAUUGUGGAGACAUAUGCCACCAUGUCGAGCCCUAUGGAGUACAGUGCGCCCGUGACCUAUCCAGACUGGCCGCUGAACGAGCCAGAUAAUGUCCCACUGCCGCGUGGUUGGCCGACGGAGCAGAGGCAGACACAAACCAUGUUUCCCAUAGGUGAAGCUACGUCUAGCUCUUCUUCUCUCGGGGACAUUGAAGGCCGGGGUUGA